AUGUCUCAUCAGAAAGCUUUUGAGAUUUUUAUGAAAACGAGAGGCAUGAAUUUAUGCGAUCGAAUUGAAAAACUGAACGAGUUGCAGCAGGAAAUGCGGCAAACAGACAUUUUAUCCGGUAUUCAAACCAUGAAUAGUAAAGACUUGGAUUUGACAAAAAAAAAUUUUGAGGUCGCUUACUUUAUAGCAAAAGAAGAACUAUCGCUUUGCCUAUACCCAAAAAUAAUUCAAUUAGAAGAGAAACAUGGUGUAGUUUUUGGCCAGGUUUAUAAAAACGAAAACACAUGCGGAGUAUUUAUUUACUACAUUGCUCUUAGUUUAGCGAUAGAUCUCAAAAAUAAACUAAAUACUCGAAAUUUUUUCACUAUUUUAAUUGACGGUUCUAACGGCAUUUCAAUUAAGGAAAAAGAAGCUAUAUUUGCCGUUACUUUUAAUCCGGGUCCAACUGGAAAAUCUGAAGUAAACGUUGAAUGUGAUUUUCUUUCACUUUUGGAUGUUGAGUAUGGAACUUCGCACGGAGUUUUCAACACCAUAAAAAAGUCACUCGAGAAUAUAGAAGUCGUAAAUUGCAAUAAAAAACUAGUUGGAUUUGGUGCGGAUGGCGCAUCCGUUAACAGAGGGAGCAAGUCGGGCGUUAAAAUGUUGCUCAAGGCUGAAGUCCCCUGGAUCACAUUUGGCUGGUGUGUAGCACAUCGUCUCGAGUUAUCAUUAAAAGAAAAAUUAGGAAAAACAGCCUCAUUCAAUGACGUUGAUUACAUGAUUUUAAAAAUGCAUAACAUUUACAAAAAAUCCCCCAAAAAGUUAAGACAGUUGGGUGAACUCGUUUCUAUUUUAGAAGAUGAUGAAUAUAACAUUGGUGGUUACCGACCUAAGAAAGCCUCCGGUACACGAUGGAUUUCACAUAAAGUUCAGGCUUUAGAAAUGAUUUUAGAUAAAUACGGUGUUUAUUUAACACAUCUGGAAAAUAUGACUGAAGAUAUAACAUUUACCAAUGCUGAAAGAGCUAAGUUUAAAGGAUACCACAAAAAGUGGAUUCAUGCUAGAAUGCCCCUUUAUAUCGCGUUGUUUGUUGAGAUUUUAGCACCAGCAAAGAUGUUGUCAAAAUGUUUUCAAAGUGAUGAGAUAGAUGUGUUGGCUUCAUCAGGGUUUGUUCAACAAGCUAAAAGCCAUUUAAAUCGUAUUCAAAAAACAAAGUUUAUUAAUUUGCCAACAGUAAAACCUUUUCUCGCCAAAGUGACUGAAAAAGAAGGAAAGUUUUAUUUCCAGGGUGUUGCACUUAACGACUUUGUAAAUGCUAAACAUUUAGUAAAAUAG